CUCGCAAUAAGCGAUUCAGUGCCCAUUUCAGCAUGCUUAUAGUUCAGUGUACUAGACACAUAACCUAGUAUUAUUGUAUUCUUGUAACAUUAAUUAAAUAAAAUUAAUCUUUAUGCAAAGAAAUAUAUGUUUUCCAAAAUAUGUAAUGCGUCAAUAUUUGCACAUGGAGAAAAGAAAUGUAAAAUAUCCUUAUGGAGUGAAAUGUGAUUUAAUUAUAUAUUAUAUUUAUUAUUAAAAUAAAACAAUAUGUAUGUAUCAUUAUGAAUUUCCGUCAUAAAAACUUGAAAUUUUUGAUUGGCAAAAAUAUAUAGCUGAAUGACACUGGUAGAUCGAAAAUAUUAGAUCUAUCUUUAACCUAAUGCUUCCAUUUAUAUCGAAGAAGUUUCGCCGAAAAUAAACCUGAACGAAUGUCGUGGCUUCUGGAUAGUUCUACUUGAUCUGCAAUAUAAUGCACAAACGGUGCCAAUCUUAAUCGCAUUUUAAGAAUGAGUGUGAACUGAAUUACACGAAACGCAGAUUAUAUUCUUCAAAUUACAUUCGUGAUAAAAUUUGAAAAAGUGAAUCAUUGCUUCUCAAAUCAUUCUCUUUCUAAUCUAGAGUGAUUAACUACCAGACAGAAGAGAAAAUUGUUUCACAUCACAUCAUGACAAACUCAGAUUUGAAUGCACAAGAGUGGAAAGAGAAGGGUAAUGAAGAGUUUAAUAAAAAUAACUGGUCGGAGGCUUUAAAUUGCUACACAAAUGCAUUGAAAUUAGUAAAAGAGGAUAGUGCUGAGAAAGCAAUAUACUAUAAAAAUCGGGCUGCAGCUUAUUUAAAAUUACAAGAUUAUGAAAAAGUGAUCAAAGAUUGCAAUGACUCAUUGGAGAUAUGUCCUAAUGAUCCCAAAGCAUUGUUUCGUAGAUGCCAAGCACUAGAAUCAUUAGAAAGAUUUGAAGAGGCAUAUCAAGAUGCAAGAAAUAUUAUUUUAUUUGAUCCCAAUAACAAAUCUAUCCAGCCUAUAGCGGCACGUUUAUAUAAAAUUGUACAAGAACGAUAUAAAGAAAAUUCACGUAUUAGUGCCAAAGUAUCACAAAUGUUGGAUUUAGCCUUCAACAUGAGCAUGGAUAAAGAGAAGCGUGAGACCGCUAUGAAUAAUCUACUUGUGCUUGCACGUGAAAGAGCCGGUGCAGAGGAAAUCUUUAAGGAAGGAACAGUAUUAAAAAUAACAAAACUUUUGAAAGUCGAGAAGAAUGAGGAAAUAAUUUGUAAUGCGAUCCGUAUUAUAGCCGAGUUAAGCAAAAACAAUCUAAGUCGAACUGAAUCCAUUGUAAAAAAUAUUGGUUUGCCUUGGUAUCUGGAAAUAAUGAAUAGUAAACUUACGGAGAGAGUCAAUGCAUCUCAGUAUUGUAUACAGACUAUAUUAAACACUUAUAGUGGCAUGGAUAAUAAACCCGAUUCAAAGCCCGAUAAGGCAUUGUGCGAAGCGCAUAAGAAAGAAAUAGAUACGAUUCUAUCGUGCUUGUUGUACAGUAUAACAAAUAGAACAAUAACAGGUCUUGCGAGGAACGCGAUAAUAGAGCUUAUUAUGCGUAAUAUUCAUUAUACCGCUUUAGACUGGGCCGAGCGAUUGGUUGAGCUCCGCGGUUUGCAGAGAUUGAUGGAAGUUGCCAGUGAAAUGGAGGAAUACAAAUAUGAAUCCUCGAUGGAUGUUACGUCUUCUACGAGAACUAUAACUAGCGUAUGCUUAGCCAGAAUAUACGAGAACAUGUACUAUGACGCUGCUAAAGACAAGUUUAGGAGUGCCAUUGAUGAAUUUAUUAAAGAUAAAUUACUUACACCCGAUAUAGAAUCAAAGGUACGUGUAGUAGUUGCGAUAACAACUUUAUUAUUGGGUCCGCUAGACGUUGGAAAUGCAAUUGUGGCCAAAGAAGGAAUUCUGGAAAUGAUUCUUGUUAUGGCGGGAACGGACGAUGUGUUGCAGCAGAAAGUCGCUUGCGAAUGUAUCGUAGCCGCCGCAUCCAAGAAAGACAAGGCCACUGCGAUUAUAAAUCAAGGUGUAAAUAUAUUGAAGAAGCUGUACCAGUCUAAGGACGAUUCGAUUCGAGUACGGGCGUUAGUGGGAUUGUGCAAAUUGGGCAGCUCCGGAGGCUCAGACGCCACUAUCAGGCCCUUCGCGGAUGGAGCAACGAAAAAAUUGGCCGAAGCUUGUAGACGAUUCCUGAUCGAUCCCAAGAAACAGAAAGAUAUGAGAAAGUGGGCUGUGGAGGGUUUGUCAUACCUCACUUUCGAUGCUGAGGUCAAAGAGAAGUUAAUCGAGGAUCAAGAAGCUAUUCAGUCGAUGAUCGAGCUCGCCAAGACUGGUGAUCAGUCGGUUAUCUACGGCGUGGUCACAACAUUGGUGAACUUGUGUAACGCUUACGAUAAACAGGAACUCAUACCUGAGAUGAUAGAAUUGGCGAAGUUCGCGAAACAUCAUAUUCCCGAGGAACACGAGCUGGACGACACCGAUUUCGUGAAUAAGCGACUUUGUACGUUAGCCAAGGCCGGCGUGACCACUGCUCUAGUCAGCCUCGCUAAAACGGAGAGUCACAACAAAGAGCUGAUAGCACGUGUCUUCAAUGCGAUAUGCAGUCAACACGAAGUGAGAGGAAUGAUCGUUCAGCAGGGUGGUGCAAAGGCGCUAUUGCCGUUAGCGCUAGACGGCACGGACAAGGGUAAGAAGCAGGCUUCGCAAGCUCUGGCACGCUUGGGAAUCACGAUAAACCCGGAGGUCGCGUUUCCCGGACAAAGAAUCAUGGAGGUCGUGCGACCGUUCAUAAAUCUAUUGAACCCGGAGUGUUGCGCUCUCGAGAAUUUCGAAAGUCUCAUGGCCCUGUGCAAUAUAGCUGGCGUCAACGACAGCGUGAGAAAACGCAUAUUAAAAGAGGGUGGAUUCCAGAAAAUCGAAGUCUACAUGUACGAGGAGCACGACAUGCUGAGACGCGCGUCCACGGAAGUCAUAAACAACUUGAUGAUGUGCGAGGAAACGAUUCUGUACUUCGGGGGAAACGAUCGAGUCAAGUAUCUCGUGAUACUAUCCGAGGACGAGGAUGAAGCUACCAGUAUGGCGGCUUCUGGAGCUUUAGCAAUACUGACGUCGGCCAGCAAGAAAGCCUGCGAGAAGAUUUUUGACUCGAAAGAUUGGCUGGAAUCUUUACACUUACUCGCCAAUCCGAACUGCGACAUUCAGCACAGAGGUGUCGUAAUUGUGCUAAACAUGAUAAAAAGCACGAAGGAUGUUGCUGCAAAACUUAUUGAAACAGAUAUAAUGGAAAUACUGAUGGCGUUGAGCAAGAACGAUAACGUCCAAAGCGAAAAAGUUAAGGAAUUGGCAUCCACUGCUUUAGACGCUGCUGCCAAAUGGAAUCUGAUUCAGAAAAAUGUGGGAGAGGGCGAAUCGUCACAAAAUGUCAAUAACAUCGAACAUGUCGACUAAGGAAACCAUUCUUCCGCGUAUUCGUGAAUAUUUAAAUAUUUAAAUCUAAAAAAAUAUUUAUAUUUAUCACGUUAAAACCAAGUGCCUUACGUUAAUAUUAAAUUUCAAAAAUUUUAUAACGUGAAAUGUAUCGAGUGUAAUUAUAUUUAAAAAAAUACAAAAAAGCACUAAGUACACGCGAUUGUUAGAACAUUCA